GUUUUCAACACCGCCGGCGAUGGUCUGGAGUCCAGCUUCACGGAGCAGACCACUUUCAAAUCGGCACCCGAGGACUUUCCCACUUUAGUCAAGCUGAAUGCCACCGAUAGGCCAAACACCAUCCUGGUUAGUUGGGUGGGCAUCCAGGCCAGAGCGACCGAGGAGUCGAUCGAGGGCUACAAGAUACGUCAUUGGCCGGCCGGAGCAGACUUCAAGUACACCCUGGUUGAUGUGGACGUGGGGCUCAGCACGUUUGGAUACAUCGGUGGCUUGAGCUCAGACACGCGGUACAACGUUCGUGUGUUCGCCUACAGUCGCGGUGGCGUAGGCAGGAUGAGCUCCCCCGUUGUCCAGUUUCAGAUAAUUCCCAAGGCACUCUGCAAACCCGGUGCCUCUUGGGGUAGGCUAUUGUGCAUUACUCCUAAGAAGAAGACAAAUUAUUUCUAA